AUGGAUUGGUCGAGGAGCACCCCGCACAGCCAUAGCAAAGCCCCAGAGCCGCAUGCAGGUACUGGUUUCUCCUCUAGCCACCGCCGUCGGUUUGCCGGUAAGUUCUCGGUCGGCCGUCGCCCGGGCUCGGUGCUCGUGCAGCGGCUCGCCGGCUCGCCGAUGCCGCUCAUACAGUGCGGCGACUGCACGCAGACACCACGCAGUGCCUCGCGGCGCUCCGCCCGCCCCACCACCUCCUGCGACGCCCCGCGGGCCGCCGGCCUCCUCCUGCCCCGCACCGCCGGCCGCCUAAACAACUCCCUCACGCCCCCACCUUCUUCCUCCCCGGCUCAUUCCACACCCCACCCCUCGACCCCCACCAACCACCGCCCUCUCCACCAUCGUCGGGCGCCUCCCCCGGCCAUCCACCCACCCCCGGCGCCGACCCUGACGACCCACGCGCACCCGGGACCCGGCGCCCCCAUCCAUCUACCUCCUCACCGCGUCGCGCCGCCGCGCCCCCAAAGCGCCUCCCGGCGAUGGAUCCAAGCCGGCAAUCGCCCCAGCGCGCCUCCCGGCGGCGGAUCCGGGCCGGCAACAAUUCCCCUUCUCCCCCACGACUGGUUUCCUCUCCUCUGCGUCAAGAUCGAUGGUGUUCAGCAUGUAGAAGCCGGACGACGUGAUGCUGUUGUUGCCGAUCUGCUGCAGCGUCUCUUGUUCGACUCCGAGAUCACUGGCGAUGAACACAAUCAGAUGAGGACGUGUGUGCAUGUGGCGUGUGCGCUGCUGCUCGCCAUCACUGCCGUGCGUGUGCAUCGUGCCGACUAUGUGUCGGGUCAUCCACAGGGCUCCGUCCUCGGUAUCGGCGGUGAUCACGAGUGCGAGGCCGAAGUUUGUGAGCUUAGGGUGGAAGCAUGUGUCGAGCAGGAUGUUCCUGCUCUUGGAAUACUUGUGCACGUAGUUGAGUCCACCUGCCAUGUCCAGCGUGACCUGGACAUGCUGGCCCCAUCCGAGCACCUCGUCGCUGUGGAGCCACUUGCUAAGCGCGCUGUUCUCGGCGAACUCGAACAUCAUGUACGUCAAUACAUGUAGCCGCCAUGCAUGCAGUGAUGGAGAGGCCCUGGAUAGGCGGAUGAGGCUCAAUUGGUUGAGGCGACAAGGAUGCUCACCUCGACGGUAGCGCACACAUCGUUGACUCCUGUUCGCGAUCGUCGGUUGUAACGCAUGGCAUGGCGAUGGUGGGGGAGAUGCGAAGGGGAGGUGAUAGGGGAUUACUCGAUAAGUAUGCGGUGGUGCUGUAAAGUUUCCUCCUUUAUGUAUAGUUAUUUCAUUAUCCAUCUAAAUAUCAUCCCAUGUAUAUGUAUGAAACUCAUUUUGUGCUGCUAAAUUUUCUGUACAGAUUUAGUAUUAUUUGGUGUUAAACUUAUAAUGAUCGAAACGAUGCUAAACUUACAUGUUGAUUCAUCAUUUCUAUACUUUUGGUUUCAGCGGAUUGA